AUCGAGCUGCCCGCGGAUCCAGACAGUGAUUGUCGCUCAAUUGACGACGACGUCAAAUCAUUCCGGUUUGCGCUCAACGUUCCCGUGGGCUGUCUUUUCUUUCAGACUGGGGUCACUUGUCGUUCUGAUUCCCUUGCUGCAUUGUUCUUUGUGAUCUUGCGAUUUGUACCGCGCUGUACGCGACCCUCACGAGUUGUUGAUAUCCCCCCACAUUGAGCUUCAAUUGCAUUUGCUCGGUACGAAUUCAGCAUCACGAUCACGCUCGCUUCACGACUCCCCUGCGAAGCAUCUCAGUCUCAUCUACACGACCUACGUGACUCCAACGCUCGCAGUUGCGCCGGAUAAGAUCUAUCCGCAACCCAUAGCUAGUCCUUCACGUCGAUCGACAUCACGACUUCCGGCCACCGCGCGCUCUCGUUGGGAAGACAGCAGAAUCCAACCCAAUCAAGAUGUUCUUCCUCAAGGAGGAAAUCAAGGUCAUCACCUUGCACCCGUCCUUCUUCGGCCCCAACAUGCGGGAAUACCUGAUCACCCGGUUAAAUGAGGAGGAAGAAGGCCGGUGUACGGGCGAUCACUUUGUCAUCUGCGUAAUGGACAUGGUCGACAUCGGCGAGGGGCGCGUGCUGCCCGGUAGUGGACAGGCAGAGUACACGAUCAAGUACCGUGCGAUCAUAUGGAAGCCCUUCCGAGGCGAGACUGUCGAUGCGAUUGUCACAUCCGUCAAGCCUACCGGGAUUUUCACCUUGGCGGGCCCGCUGUCCGUGUUCAUCGCGCGUAAGAACAUCCCCUCGGAUAUCAAAUGGGAGCCCAACACGGUACCGCCUCAGUACACGGAUCAUGCAGACCAGGUCAUUGAGAAGGGAACGAGCCUGCGGCUCAAGAUUCUGGGUGUGAAGCCCGACGUGGCGGCGAUCAACGCCAUUGGUACAAUUAAAGAGGACUUUUUGGGACCCUUGUAAUUUUUUGGGAUGAGCAAUUUCCUCUUCCCACUUCCUUUAGCCGAGAUAACACGCCACUGCAAAGGAAGCCUCAUCACCUUUAGCCUGUUGUCCCGCCAAUCUGCGCCACUAUAUGGAGUCAAACGAAGAAUCGUUCUUUCAACUCAGGUCUGGGAUGGUGUGCACUUGCUAAGGCUUGACAGAGGCGCAUUGAACGGGCCCCGUCCAGUGGGAUAUCAUUUGGGAGGAUGGUGUCCUGCUUCUCCAAGCAAAAAGCCCGCGCAGGCGAACAGGGCUGCCUGGGCGCUGGGGCAUCAGUCUCUUAAAUGGCUCUUGUCAGUAUGGCAAGACAAACGCAAGAUAAGACAAAGAACAACGGGAGCGGAUGGGUGGCUGCUCGGAGCCGUGACGGCUACGUAAUUUUUAUAAAAGAAAAGGCGUUGUUGACUUGUUUUUGUACAGUCGAAAGAAGACCAGGGAGGCGUGUUUGGAUAGAAAUGAAUAGAUAAGAUGAA